CUUCGUUUCAGGAGGCUGUCCUUGGCUAACCGAGCUAGCCACGACAAGAUAGAAUAAACAAACAAUUUAAAUCCUCUGCAUUAGGUCUUUGUGAAGUUGUCGGUUAUGUAUGGGAUGCCACUGACUGUCUGUGUCCUGUGACUGUGUGGCCUCCUGCCCGCUUCAUGUAAGAGUUGAUCAUCGGGCUCAUGUCAGUCAGUGAAGGUGAAGAGGGGGGUCUGUUUCGGGCUGCCCCAAGCGAUAACUCACAAGACCUGCUCGACAACCCCACUAAGACAGUGGCCACAGGGAGCACACCUGAGGAUCAGGCUUCACCUGUGGUGGACGAAGCUUCUCCUUCUUCAGCGUCCUCUUUCGAGAUGCUUGACAUGGAGUCAGCUCAUGCUCCUUACCAAGAAGUGCAGCCUCACUGGUUCUUCUGUCGACGUGCUGAUGACAACACCUCCUGGCUUCCUUUCAGCAGAGAAGACUCUGACAAACUAGAGAAUGCCUUCACCAACAUCAGCGACGAGGGCGAGGAGGAUACGGUGGUAGCUGUGGAAGGGCAACGGUAUGAUGUACAUGUCAAGGAAAGGAAGCGUUACGCUGUGUAUUGGGAGCAAGCUCCCUCUGAGGUCCGCAGAUGCACCUGGUUUUACAAAGGAGAUAAAGACACCAGAUUCAUGCCUUAUCCUGAAGAUUUCAGCAAGGAUCUGGAGGAAGCCUAUAGGAAAUCAGUGACUUCAGAUGAAUGGAAGAAGAAAUUGGAUUUUCCCACUGGAGAGACUGUCAUCUUACACAAUCCGAAGUUGAUAAUGCAGUAUCAGCCAAUAGGAUUGCAGGAUGACUGGGUAUCCUCCCCCACAGAACAUACCCGGCCAAGAACUGUCAAAAGGGGAGUAGACAACAUCUCUGUAGAAAUACCUGAUGGUGAACCAGAAAAGGUGGACCAUGUUGUCUUCAUGGUGCACGGCAUUGGCCCUGCGUGCGACUUACGUUUCCGAUCCAUCAUACAGUGUGUGAAUGACUUCAGGAGCGUUUCCCUAUCCCUCCUGGCCUCUCAUUAUAAGCGUGCUCAGCAGGAAGGUCAGGUGGGCCGAGUAGAGUUCCUCCCAGUCAACUGGCACAGUGCUCUACACGGAGAUGCCACUGGUGUUGAUGAGGACAUCCAGAGGAUCACUCUCCCCAGCAUCAGCAGGCUGAGACAUUUCACCAAUGACACUCUGCUGGACUUGUUUUUCUAUAACAGCCCCACUUACUGCCAGACCAUAGUGGACACAGUGGCCUCGGAGUUUAACAGGCUACAUGUACUCUUUAAGCAGAGACACCCAGAGUUCAGUGGGACAGUUUCAGUAGUAGGCCAUAGCCUGGGUUCACUGAUCCUGUUUGAUCUGCUAACCAAUCAGAGGGAUGAAUCACAAGCUAGACAAGGGAUCUCUGGUGAGCCCUGUCAUCUGAACUGCAACACACUGGAGCAGACUCUGAACAGACUGGGCCUACAGCAAUAUCUGGAUGUGCUGCAGAACGAAAACCUGGAUCUUGAAUCUCUGGCUCUUUGCCGUGACAGUGAUCUUAAAGAUUUGGGAAUUCCUCUUGGACCUAGGAAGAAGAUCCUGAAUUAUGUCAGAAGGAAAUGGCUUCCAGAGGACUGCAGGAUGGGAGCAGUGUGUCAGGCACAAGGGCCACAACUUCAGCCUGAAGUGACAAGUACUCAGGAUGGCAACGAGUCUUCAGGAUUACCACCUCAGCAGUUCCACUUGCACAGGCCGCAGUCUGUCACUAGUGCUGUGGACUAUGAGUACUUCGAUGUGGGCAUUGGACAGACCAAUGGAGGCAUAGCCAAGGGACAGGUAUCCAUUGAUUACCCGCAGCUUGAAUUCCACCCUCAGACGUUUUUUGCAUUCGGUUCUCCAAUUGGUAUGUUUCUGACUGUACGUGGGCUUAAACGCAUCGAUCCAAACUACACCUUCCCCACCUGCAAGAGCUUUUACAACAUCUACCACCCAUAUGAUCCUGUUGCCUAUCGGAUAGAGCCCAUGAUUGUUUCCGAGGUGGACCUGGAGCCCAUGCUAAUCCCUCACCAUAAAGGCCGCAAGAGGAUGCACCUGGAACUAAAGGACAGCUUGACCCGAAUGAGCAUGGAUUUGAAGAACAAUGUUCUGGGAUCAUUACGGACUGCGUGGCAGUCCUUUGCCAGACUGCCGGUUGCUGCACUGCCUCCGGGGGAAGGAGGAGAAACUACAACAGCGAAAACCCUUGAGGAGACGCAGGCCUCAGCGGCAGUCACUGCUUCUACUAAGAGGGAAGACAAAGGGGCUAAUUUUUGGACUAAAAUACUGGCGUGGUCCAGUGCCAUUCAUAGGCAUUACUUUCGAGGAGGGUUUGAUGAGGCAGAGUCCUCAGAGUCAGUGGAAGAAAGGGAGCACCGCGAGAUUAAAAUGGGGAUGUUAAAUGGAGGUCGACGCAUCGACUAUGUGCUUCAGGAGAAACCCAUUGAGAGCUUCAACGAGUACCUGUUUGCCAUCCAGUCUCAUCUGUGUUACUGGGAAUCGGAGGAUACAGCUCUACUGCUGCUGAAGGAGAUUUACGACAACCUAGGUGUGGCUAUCGAACAGCCACAACAGUAGGAAAGUUGUAUAAAUGAAGAAAUGUUUGCCUGAUUUUAGGAAAAUGAAGGACAACUGAUAAAGCCAGAGUUUGUACAUUAUUUUUCCAGAAUGCCUUACUGUCGGGAUGAUACAUGCCUGCCAGAAUCUAUCCAAACCCUUCAGUAGUGACAGUUUGACUCCAGUCAGGUGAUCUAGGUUCACAUAUUUUGGUUAACCUUAAUUUAGGAUGGCAGCUGCUUCUUGCCACUACAGGAAGCACUGUCGUGCUUCUGGUUGCACUAUUUUUAAUCAUUCUUUACUUUACUCUUCUUUUACUUCAAGUUGCUGAGUUACUGAAAUAUUGUGCUUACAACUACCAGAAAACGCACACAAUACCUUUGUACUUGUUUGUCGUCGUAUGUCGAACUAGAACUCAUUUUCAGGUGGCACUUUCAACAAAAACAUAUUUACGAUUUCAUUCAUAAAAUCAAAAUAGCACAUAUUCUUUUAUAUUUAUUUAUAGUCUGUAAAAAGAUUAUAGAUUUCCCAACUCUGUGCACAGUCUGCAAUCACACAUGUAGAGUUGUUUUGUCUGACUUAAUAGGAUCUUUGCUUUAUAAACAGGAAAAUGAAAGUUUAUGUUUUGUCUGUUACGUUUUUCUGGCAGCUCUAUUCUCUCUGCCCACAUCAGAGACACCUGAAACCCAAAGCUGCUUUCCCAUACAUUUGUGCAGUGUUUUGGUAAUGUUGGUGUCACUCCUGUUACUUCACAAACAUACUGCUGUUAAUGUAAGUAAUGUUUGUGUCUAACACAUGUAUCUGUAUGAAGGAACCAUGAUGAUGUUUGGAAAUGCAGGUGUCUUUUUGUAUGCACUCUAAGUGUGGGUUGGUAUUCUAUGUUUUAAGAUUGUGUAAACUAAUGGAAAGGUCACAUUCACCCACUCUCCCUCAGUUUUGUACCAUUUCCUCUUUACCACUUUGUUGCUUCUUUGCAUUUGGCCCAGCAAUGCAUCGUCUGUCCUAAAAUAUAGUUGCUUCGGAUUCAGACUACAGUCUUUGUGCACUUGUAACUUUGGCGUUAUCCACGGGUCAGAUUUUUCUUAUUUCCUUCUUUGUACUGAAGUUUUGUAAAUCACCCUUUCUGUUUGCACUGCAUGCACUUCUUUUUUAAAAUAGCACAGAGUUUUGCAACAUAUUCUGAUCCUGUUUCAAUUCUUACGCCCUAAAAUGUUAAUGAAUAUUAUGCACACGGCAAAAGAAUUUUGUUGUGAAAUUCAUAAGAAUUUCAUUUCAAGUACAAGAUGUAUUCAAUGUAUUUAAGAUGUUUCAUAUGUAUUUAUUUUAUAUAAAAAUAUAUAUUUGUUGGGAAAUAUCAGUAUUAUAAGUAAGAUAAAUUUGCAUAUCAACCAACAUAAUGUCAAGACUAAUGAGUUAGAAACUGUGUGUGUUAGAUUAAUUUACCUUUGUAAGACUCUUUUGUUAUCACUAUCAGGGUAGCACAGCCCUCUGCAUGUGACAUUUGCACAAAUAAUGAAUUAACCUGCUCAGCUGGUUCUUUUUCUUCUUUUAGAAAUGCACUAAAUGGACCGUAACCAUGACGAUGUUCUGUGGAACCUAAUGAUUGUCUGUAAAUUUCACUUUAUAAACCACAGCCAUGAUAAACAGUAGAAAACAGGACUUAAUAUUACAUGAGUCUUCUUCAAAACCAUAACCAUUGUUUUGGGCACUUUAUACUGAUAUACUGUUAUAUACCAAAUACAAAAAAAAUCCUUUCUGAUACCCUGUAAAUGUGGUUACAUGUUUUGUGUGCCAUAAUAAAAUAUUCCAA